AUGACAGAGUGUACGAAAAGCGCGGUCAUGCUAGACGAGGAACUGUCUAAAUUCUUCGAUAUUGAGCAGGGUGUCCCACAAGGUUGCACGCUGUCCCCAACAUUGCUCCAGGUGUUCAUCAACGAUCUGUUGGAAGUCGUAGAGGCAGUCCGGAAGGGAGUAAAAGUAGUGAAAGAACUCGAGGCGGCGCAGAUGAAAGCAGCGAAAAUCAUCCUAGGAUGCUCCAAGCGCACAAGUAAUGCAGCCGUCAGGGCAGAAUCGGGGAUCCAAUCCCUACGGUCGGGAAGAGACGCGAGGAAGUUGACAUGGCAGUAUCGCAUGUUGAUGUGCGGGAUGGGAGAGGAGAGGUUGCCGAGAAUAGUGUGGGAGGCGAAGUGGGCAAACAAAAAGAGGGGUAGACAAGAUGAAACGCUGGAAACGGAGGGUCCACGGAGGUUCAAGGAGCAGAUAUCUGCUGCUUGUGCCGAGAGAGAAGAACGAAAUCUAAGGAAAGAAUCCAAGGAUAAGGAGGGUCUAGAAGUGUACGGAAUGUUGAAGGAAGGAAUAGGGUUCAAGGACUACCUACAUGGACCAAUGGAUGCAGGAACAAAGCUUAAGGUCAAAUUCAGGACCGGGGACAUAGGCCU